AUGCCUGAAAACGGGCCUCUGAAGAGAUGGAGCGACCUCAUGGUGGAGGCCGGUGAGAAAUCCGGCUUCAGUCUGACUACUUGCGGUCAGGCGGCCGACAUGAUGCAGAAUGCCGGAUUUGUGGACAUUGGCCGAAUCCCCUUCAAGUGGCCGAUCAACCAAUGGCCGCGCGAGCCCAAGUGGAAAGAGGUCGGACAGUGCACGGAGCAUAACUUCCAUCACGGAGUGGAGACGAUGAUGUUAGCGUUGUUCACACGCUUCAUGGGCUGGACGCGCGAAGAGGUUGUCGAGUUCAGCAAUGCUGUGAAGCAAGAGUUUCAUGACGUCCGAAAGCAUGCGUACUUCGACCUGUAUGUCACGUAUGGACGCAAGCCAUGA